AUGUCGUCCAAAUCAAUCACUUCUCCAAGCUUCACCUUCCUCUUAUCUCGAUUAACUAAAUUGACAUCUACCUAUUCAGGAUUAGAUGCCUCGUUGAUGUUAGUUCAGUAUUCAUCUCCAUUAGUCAUCGCUGUCCUGCUCGCUCUAUCCAGAUUGAUCAAACGGGCUCGACUUUCUGGGCUGGCUGGAUAUGGCCAGAAAGGCGCUGCGGUAGCAAGUGGUUGGGGAUUGUUACAAUUGGCUGAAGGUUGGGGUAAGAUGGGAGUCAGUGUAGGUGAUGCAAGAGUUGUCUUCCGUGCAUUUGGUCUACUACCAAUACUCCAGUAUCUAUUGACACUUCACCCUAAUCCGAUCGCUUCGUUGAAGAAAUUCAUUUUCUCAAUUGGCCAAAAAGGAUCUUUAUCAUCUGAAAAGACUUUACCUACUUUGCAAUUAUUAUCUUUAGCUGCUUAUUAUCCGCUAGAGCAUAUAGCUUGGUUAGCAUCAAAAGGUAUUUUACCUAUAUCCGCUCAAAGAACAGGUAAAGCUGCUUUGUGGAGCGUCAGAUUUUGGGCAUUAUACGUAUUAUUGGAUAUUUACAAAUCACGUCAAACUUAUAUCUCACUUUUGAAGAGGACAAAACAACUGAAAUAUCAAAAACCAAUUAUCCAAAAACAAGAAGCUGAAGGAUUCGAAUUACCUCCUUCACCAUCUUCACCUUCCACGGAGAAACCUACUGCCUCGUUGACAACACCGACAACAUCAACAACGAUCAAAUCAGAAGAAGAUAACGUAUCUACUAAAGCACAAUUACAAAAUGACUGGAAAGUAUGGAAGAAUCAAGCUAUGAUCAACAGCGGAUACGCACCGUUGACUGUACAUUGGUCAACUCCAGGUGGACUAUGGACAAACCCAUUGAUAAGUGGUACCUUCGGUUGUGUAGCUGCUGUUGGAAGAUUGACUGCCGAAUGGAGAAAGGGGAAUUAA